UUAUGCACGACAACUGAAGCAAUAAACACAUAUGGUUGUUAGUCAGCGCCCAUGUCUGCGCUCUCCCUUCGUCCUGUUGUUCUGCGCUGUUAGUUCUUGCAAUUAAUAGUGUUGCUUAAUAUUUCCAGAUGUAUUCAGUUGUCCUGUUCAAGGAAACUAAUGACAUUGCUGCAGUCCCAUUAACAUGGGUCCACAACAACAAUGUAUUUUGGCCACCACACAGAAGUACAAUGCGAGUGACCACAGCCAUAAAAAACCAAGUUGAAUCUGAGACGCACUGGACCCAGUAUCAAUGUGCUGUUUUGUCUACUACAGCUUCAAGACGCAUGGAGGACACCGACAUUUCAGGACCCAGUGCCCAGGGUGGAGCCAUUGAAUUGUUUACCAUUGAGUUAACUGGAAACAUUGCCAGGAACCGCUGUGCCAGCAUUUAUUUUCCAUCUUUAUCUGUGGCCAUGUGUUGUGUUGCGAAAUUGGCUGACAGUGCACUAACAUUGAAAAUGUUUUUCUUUUUAUUAGCUCUGGUAAAACCUCUGAGUGAGCUCGAGUAUGUCACGAUGCAGCUGGCAUCGCACUCCACGAUUCUGGCCAGAAUUGAGCAAAGAAUGAGUAAUGUUGCCACACCAAUCGACGAGCCAGUAGAGCCACAAGACAUGCCGGCAUAUCCCGUUCAGACUAAUGACGACCUAGAAAGAUUAGAGGCAAGCCUUGAGAACAAGAGCAUCUUUCCAGCACUAGUGAAGAAACUGGGUCAAAUUGGCGGUUCGGAUGUUGCCACAACAACGAAAAGAAUACUAAAAAGACUGAUCAUUGAUGAAGUUGCUGUCCUAUACAGUUACACAGGAAGGAAGGGCAAGAAAUGGGCUGAAAAGCUCUCAACAUUCACUUUGUUUCCAACGGCUGUACGUACAACUCGCAACGCAACUGAUGAUGAAAUCAGCCGAGUGAUUGGGGAUUGGCUGCGCUUUGCCAAUGCACGGCUGACUUCAUCUAAGGCAAGCAAGAACUUAAUUUCGUUAUUGCCCUUCAUAGAGAUUUUUGAAGCAUGUGGCCAUUAAUGUUUUUUGCCCUUCCCUUGUCUUUAUGAUUUUAGAGCUGUACUCUCACACAUCGUGAUCAUUACCUUUUCUGACUUUGUACUUGCAAGCAACGUCAAUCAUUAUAUUCAGCU